AUGAUUCGGAACCUUGUAUAUUCCAGGCUCGCGGUGUCCUCUGGACGCAUUCCGGGACGCCGGUUGUUGUCGGGCAAUGCCCCUCCUUCGCUCUCGUUUUUCCAGCGAGAAAGAUUACCGACUAACACCGUAAUUAGAUUUGUUCCCCAACAGACCGCUUGGAUAGUGGAACGAAUGGGAAAAUUCAAUCGUAUUCUUCCACCAGGAGUUGCGUUCUUGAUACCUUUCCUCGAUAAAAUCACCUAUGUCCAGUCAUUGAAGGAAUCGGCCAUCGAAAUCCCCAGCCAAAAUGCCAUCACCGCAGACAACGUUCUGUUGGAACUCGAUGGUAUUCUUUACGUUAAGGUCCAUGAUCCAUAUAAGGCAUCGUACGGGGUUGAGGACUUCAAGUUUGCCAUCAGUCAGCUCGCGCAAACCACCAUGAGAUCGGAAAUCGGCGCAAUGACCCUCGACGCCGUGUUGAAGGAAAGACAGCAGUUGAACAUCAACAUCAACCAAGCCAUCAACGAGGCUGCCAAGGACCAUUGGGGUGUGGAGUGUCUUCGUUACGAGAUCAGAGACAUCCAUCCUCCCCAGAACGUGUUGGAAGCCAUGCAUCGCCAGGUCAGUGCUGAAAGAUCCAAACGGGCCGAGAUCUUGGAGUCUGAAGGUGCUAGGCAAUCGAGAAUCAAUAUUGCCGAGGGUGAAAAGCAAUCGGUGAUUUUAUCUUCCGAAGCUAAUAAGCAAGAGCAGAUCAACCGGGCAGAAGGUGAGGCCAGGUCUAUUUUGUUGAAGGCUGAAGCCACUGCUGAAGGAUUAAAAAAAAUCGCCCAAGCCAUCAACGACACUCCAGGCGGAGACCAUGCUGUCAGCUUGCAGGUUGCCCAAGACUACGUCAAGCAGUUUGGUAAGCUUGCCAAGGAGUCCAACACCGUGGUUAUUCCCUCCAAUAUGGGCGACAUGGGCUCGUGGGUGGCCAAUGGUAUGUCCAUCUAUAACAGCUUGAACAAGAAGCAAAAGUAA